AUUGCGGUGUUGCGACUGCGCGCCACUGUACUGUUGUUCUCCCGUCCGCCGCCGCCGCCGUUGCCCGCGACGGUCGUACGACGAGUGUGCGCAGUUCGUGCGUCGAUGUGCGUGCGUGCGUGAGUUUGUGUCCGCUUCGAUAUUGCAAUCAGCACAACAACACAACAAAAUAAAUAAUACGAAAACGAUAAAUUCCCUGUUCGCGCCGCAACACCGAUUUUACCGUGCGCCGUGACCGUUCGUGACAUUUUUUUUCUCGUCCGUCCGUCCGUCCGUCCGCGUUCCGUGCACCAGCCGAUCGUUAUGUGACGCAGUGCGAAAAUAGACCGCAAGAAAGUGAAAAAAAAAAUAAUAAAUAAAUAAAAAACGCGUAACGAUGUGAAAUCGCGCAGCGUUCGCCGCCACGCAUUUCGUUCCCGAGGACAAAUCCUAGGACGUGCAGCAGCAGCAACAACAACAACGACGACGAUAGAACUCUCCCGUACCGAUCGGGCAACGCGCCGCCCGCCGUUCGUGCGCCACCCAUGACGGGCACAGUCGCCCGCGGACGACGAUGCGCUGCGAAAACGACGUGAUCCCGUACGCGGUAACGAUCGCCCGUGUAACGUUUCUCGCGCCCCAUCGCCGCUUCGUUUCGCACGCGCCGCGGGGUGGUAUGCUCGCGGAGAACCGUUUCUCGUCAUCGUCGUUUCGCAUCAGCAACAUCAUCAGUACCGGUGAUGUCCGUUGAACGAGGAAAAAUGAAGGAAUCAAUAAAAGAAAAGGAGAACACUUCUGUAAGUUUCUCUCAAUGGCAAACUUGGGUUUUAGAUGCAGUGAACAAAAUUCGCGGUCAAAAGCAGCGGCCAUCUUUAGAACGCAUUGUCAAUGCAAUACGUCAACAUCAUCGUUACCCUGUAGGAGAUAUUGAAACUCAAAUUGAACGAUGUGUCGAAAGUGGUGCUGUGUUGAAAGUAUUCAACAAAGGUCAAAAUACUUAUAUGAAUCCAGAUGGCACUGCUAAUCGUAAAUUGAUUAUUAAUGCUGAUACUGACUUAACCAAGAUUUUAGUGAAAGUAGUUGGCCAACUAGAUGAAGAGGGUUCAUCUUAUAAAAACAUUGACCGGUAUAUUCAUCAUGCCUAUUGUAUUGAACUUAAAAACGAAGGGUGUGACUUAACUUCAUUGUUAAAGUCAACAUUGAGCAAAGCUGUUGAUAAAGGUUUAUUGGUAUUGGAUGGAAAAUUAUACAGAUUACCUGUCAGUCCAGAUUCUACAACAUCAUUAAUUGGAACACCUGUUUCAAAAUAUAGUUCUGGAAGAAAAGCUCGUUUAUCAAAAAAUUAUGCUAUUGAAACUCCUCUUUCACUUCGUAGAGCUGGUAGGAAAAGAAGAAAAGUAUCCAUUUGUGAUACUAGUUCUCUAACUGAUAAUGAAGCUAGUGACAAAGAAUUUAAUAAAACUUCUAGCCAAAAUGUCUGUACUGCUUGUUUGGGUACAGCAGCCAUAAACCAAUGCGGUGAAGCAGAAGAUCUAAAACAAUGUCGUGGUGGUUGUGGUGUUUCAUUACAUCCUUCUUGUUUAGCUAUGAAAGGUAGUGGACCUUUAACUGCUUUAUUGGCACGUGGAUCUCGAUGGUUUUGUCAAGAUUGUAGAACAUGCUCUGCAAUACCAUCGUGUUCAGUAACCGAACAUAUGUUUUUAUUAAACUGUGAUACUUGCGAUCGAGGUUAUCAUAUGCAAUGCUUACAACCACCAGCUGGAGAUAAGCCAAAAUCUGCGUGGCGAUGUUCAUUUUGUUUAGACCAUCAUGAAACUACCAAUAUAUCUAUUGAAGAAGAAUCAUAUACAGAAAGGAGAGGGAAAAAAAAAUCUAGUCUUAAAAAUCAAAAAUCAAGUCGUGGACGAAGUCAACUCACAAAAACGCAAGAACAUCGACUUGGGAUACCAUCCACUUCAAGUUCACUCAAUCAACGCGAUGUCACGGAAGACGGUAAUGUCUCCUCUCCUGACUCCUCGGCUCCCCCCUCUCCCGUUCCGAUUAGCGGCAAUAUGCGGCGGGACACUGCUAUCUCCAAGGAGAAAGCAAAAUUCUUUAGGCAAAGUGCUGCGUUUAAUGCGCGAGGUAUGAACGGGAGAGGAUCUGGUGUGCCGAAAGUCAAUGCCCCCACAAACAAGCCCUAUAGCUCUAGCAGCAGCGAUAGCUCUAGCAGCUCGAGUUCAAGCUCGAGCAGCCGCAGUCGCAGCAGCAGCAGUUCAAGUAGCACGAGCAGUAGCUCUAGCGAUAGUAGUAACAGCUCUAGCAGCAGUAGUAGCAGCAGUGCGCAUGCUUGUUCUCUUUCUGUGCGUCCAAGCCGGCCCAUAUUUCCUCUCCCAAAAUGUCUCGCCGCAAGGAAUGCCGAUAUUAUUAAUAGUCCUUCAAAUAUGUCCUAUAAAAACUGCAGCUCAACAUCUGAGUCUGUCCAAUCCUCUAAAAAACAUGAACACCGUUUAAAAAUAAGUGAAAAAAUAAAAUAUCACAAUGAAAUUAAAAAAAAUUAUAAUAAAUCAACAACCCCAAAAGUAUUAUUAAGAGCACCAAAAUUAAUUGCCAAAGUCAAUUCUUCACAGCCCAAAAUUUUUCCUCUGUCACAUUCCAAGUCUGAAAAAUCUGAUACUCCAAUUUCUCUUUUCAAAAAAUUAUUGACUGAAACUUCAAAUGAACCCUGGGGUUUUGCUGCUUUGGCAACCAAACCUCCUAUUGAACAUAUAAAACCUGAAAUUAGUAACAAUAAAAAAGAUAAACCCAUUGCUGGGUUUAUUCAACUAAAGGGUUUGUUUGAUGGAUUAAGUCAUUUUUAUUCAACACCAUUACAAUCUCGAACUCGACUUCGAACUGAAAAAGAUUCAAAAUCUGUUAAGACUGACCUUAAAAUCACUUGUGCGGAUAAAAAGCUUAAGGAAUCUGACAAACAACAAUCUCCUAGUUUUUUGGUUAAAUCUGCUGUUUCAUCAAAAAUUAUGGAAACAAGAGAUGUACCUGGGGGUGACCAAUUGCUUAAUGAUAAUGAUAAAUCCUUAAAUGAUUCUCCUUCUUCCGCCUUCCGUGACCGUCAGUCCGUGCCGACGAUACGUCCAGUCACCCGUUCCGUUUUGGAAAAUAUGAGUCGCCUUGUUGCAUCAGAUUUACCAUCCGGCGUUUUGCAUGAGGACGUAGAAAUUUAUAAGGAGACAAGAAAACGAGCCGUUAAUAGUACAGUUCAAACUCCUGAGUGUAUGACUACGUCUAAUCAACCAGUACGAUGUCCUGCUGCAAUUCAAUUUGGUAAAUAUGAAGUAGAAACAUGGUUUUCAUCGCCUUUUCCUCAAGAAUAUGCUAGGCUUCCAAAACUGUUUCUUUGUGAGUUUUGUCUAAAAUACACUAAAAGUAAAUCUGUUUUGGAAAGACAUAUGCACAAUUGUAACUGGAGACAUCCACCAGCUACAGAAAUUUAUCGGCGUGGUGAUCUAAGUGUUUUUGAAGUUGAUGGGAAUGCUAACAAAAUUUAUUGCCAAACUCUGUGUCUUUUAGCAAAAUUAUUUUUAGAUCACAAAACUCUUUAUUAUGAUGUUGAACCUUUCCUAUUUUAUGUUCUAACAAAAAAUGAUGCGUAUGGUUGUCAUUUAGUUGGUUAUUUUUCAAAAGAGAAACAUUGUCAACAAAAAUAUAAUGUAUCGUGUAUUUUAACAAUGCCCCAGUAUCAAAGGCAAGGGUUUGGGCGAUUCUUAAUUGAAUUCAGUUAUCUUUUAUCAAAAAUUGAAGGACAGCCAGGAACACCUGAAAAACCUCUUUCUGACUUAGGUCAAGUGUCAUAUCAUGCUUACUGGAAAGCUGUAAUUUUAGAAUAUUUUGAUAAAUCGAGAAAUAAUGAAACUAUUUGUAUUAGUGACAUUAGCAAGGAGACAGGUUUAUUGAGACAUGAUAUUACUUAUACAUUACAAUCUCUUAACUUUAUUGUUGAAAAUAAUGAAAAAUUGACUCUUUGUAUUGAUUGGAAUAUUGUUGAUGCUCAUAUUAAGAAAAAAAGUUCAUCAAAACAAAUUGUUAUCGAACCAGAAUGUUUAAGGUGGACACCUCUUAUGCCAGCAUCUAACAUAUUGAUUUCACCUGAUAGCAAAGAUAAUCAAGACCUUGAAGAACUUCCACCAAUUAAAAUUGAAAUCAUAAAAAGUCCAAUUAAAAAGAAGCGUAGUACAAGAAGAAUGCCAAUGAUCCAUAGACGUAAAAAAGUGGAUAAGAAAAAACGUAGAUGUUUGUUUGGAGCAGAAAAAAUCAAACUUGAUAAACCAAAUGAAAAUACAAAUAAUUUAGACCAACCCAUUAAAAAAAAUAAAAGUGAAAAAAUAGUUGACAUAAAAUUAGAAGAAAAACCGAUUGAAGAAAGUACUUUAUUGAAGGAGUUGAAGCCAAAAUCGAAAUUAAGUAAGACUAUUGAAGUAAAAGAAAUUAAAUGUUUUACUAAAGAAGUAUGUAAUGAAGAUACUAAAAAAGAAAUAUCAAGCUCUCAAGUUAAAUCCAAACAAAGUUUAAUUUCAAAUUUCCUUAAGCGAGAAAUCACAAAUUCUAAAGAUACUACGUUACCUGUUAAAAAAAAAAGGAAGUUGCCUAAGAGUAGAUCGCGUAAAAGACCGCGACCUAAAACUCUAAAUGAUAAGAGUGGACCUAAAGUUAAAAAAGUUAGGAAAAAAGAAGCGCCAUCUAAAUCCCCUGAAAUUGAAGUUGUUAAUGAGGACAAUGAAGACGUACAGUCUGUAAAAAAUGAAAACAUUGAAAAGUUCAAAGAAGAUGAUAAAUUAGAAGAUAAAAAGACUGAUGAAAAAGAAGAAAAGAAAGAUAAGUCUGAACCACCAUACGAUGAAGGAGAAAAAGAAAAUCACAGUUUAGAGAAUUUAGACGAAGAACAGGAGCAGGAGGGUGAAAAUAAAAAUAUUGUAGAAGAAAAGAUUGAAAUUGAUACAAUUAACAAAAGUAUUAUUGGUGAUAAUGAAUCCAUUGAAAAAAAAUGUGAUAAUACCCCUGAUAAAUGUUCGAGUCCAAGCUCUGAUAUUGAGAUUGAUACGAAUACUGUUGAAAAUGUAUGUUCUUCUAAAGAUAUUGAUGAAGAUAUUAAUGAAAAACUUGAAGAUUGCAAAAAGGAAUGUGAACCACCAAAACUUGAAGAGUGUAAAUUAAAUAAUGUGGAAAUUACUUGUAAUGAUGAUGAUCUAAAGUCUAAAAGCCAGACCGCAAAGUCUGAUGUAAUUGAUUUGUGUAAUGAUGUUACAAAAGAAGAAAUAUUAGAGUCAAAUGAAGAAUCUACUAAAAGUGGUUCAGAUAUUUCAUCACAUGUGGAUAAAUCUCUUAAAUCCACUUUGAAUGAUGUUACAUUACAACAACCUAAAGAACAGAAUAUAAAUAAUACAUCUCCAAUAGAAGUAAAGCAAAAUGAAAGUAUGCAAAAUAAUUAUGAUAAGACGAGUCUCAUUCAAACUGAAACAAAACAGUAUCAAGCUGACUUGCCAAGUAAGUUCAAAGGUAAUUCUAUUGAAACGGACUUAAGAAUAUUUAAUGACCCAACGUGCAAUGAUUUUACUAAGUCCGAAAUACCCACACAACCAGUUUCUUCUGUAAAUGAAAAACAAUUUGGUAAUUCAAUGAUUACAAAUGAAUAUUGCAAAUCAUCAUCAGAUUCAGGAUUACUGUCAAAUGUUAAACAAUAUGCAAGUGAAUCAUUACCAAACGAAUUCUGUAAAACAAAUACUGUAGAGCAACCAAAUGUAAAACAAUAUAGUGAAGCUUUAUUGAAUGAAUAUCGAAAAUUGGAUAUACUUCAACCGGAAAUGAACAAACAAAUGUACAAUAAAGAAUCUGUUGAGUAUAAAAAUUCACCAGUUCUUCCAGUGUCUGCUAAUAGUUCCCAAGAAGUGUUCAAAGUUGGAGAACAAUCCAAACCAAAGAAUUCCGAAAAAAAUUACUCCCAUUCAAUCGGGGCUGACAAUACAAUUACUGUGCCAAAAUAUGAUAAUACUAAACCUGAAAAACCAUCUAAAAGGACUACACCUUCACCGAAAACUUAUAGAUUGCCUGUUGAAGUACCACAAGUAGAAAAACCAAGAGUGCAUGAUUAUCUGGCCCCCAUGGGGUUUAUCAACUAUCAAAAAAUAAACAAUUCAAUAGCUAUGACUCAUUCAGACAUUCCUAAAACAUCUAAAGAUACGUAUUCAGAUAAAAAAACGGAUUCUGUUAACAUGAACAUGCCAAAAGACAAAGAUCUUAUGAAUCUGCCAAAAAGUAUUGACAACAGUCUUUUGUAUUCUUCUGUUAUGCAGCAGUCCCCUUAUACAGACCAAUCCAUGAUGCACCUAUCGCUACAUCAUCAUUUGGCCCAUUCUACUCAAUAUCAUCAUAGUCCACCUGUUACAGCACAGCCUCCUGUUCACCAGACAAAGUCUAGGAAUAAAAAAAGUGAACAGAGGAGGUUGGCACAACAGAAUCAAACACUUGUUACACCAUCUACUCAACAGCCUCCAUCAUUACCCACUCAUACACAAUCUUAUCAUCACCACCAUCAAACCGCUACAUACAUGAUGCCUCAACCGUCUCCUUCUAGUCCCUAUCACCACUCUGUGAUCCAACACCGCAUGGGUCAACAAAGUGGGGGGUCAUGUUCAUCGGCUGAUUUUUACUUGUCACAUUCUAAUCAACAUGCAGCAGCAGCAGCUGCCCAAAUUGCAUCAUGUAAUCUCUCCAAACUUCAGCAAAUGACUAAUGGAUUGGAUCAUCAUCGCAGGCAUAUUACUUCACCUGCUUCAUCUCCAGCCUCAUCACCUGCCAAUAUGACUCCUCCCCCUCCUGCAGCAUCAGCAGCUGCAGCUCAUCUUCUUCAACAAUCAGCAGUUGCUUAUCACAAAUUGUAUCAACAAGCUGGACAGACAAAUCAGUCUCGUCAGUAUGUUCAUCAAUCACGUGGUUCUCCGGCAUCGCCUAAUGUUGGCCUUAUGCCAAUGCAAUAUGGUGCACCGCCACCUUUUAACGGUUACAGGGUAGCGCCGCAAUCCACUCCUCCGCCAUCUGCUGCAGGCUAUAUGAAUCAAACGACAGGGCAGUUGCAGUACACGACACAUUCACAGGAUCCACACCAUCAGAACAGUGUAUAUCCAACAUCAGCAUACAAUAGCUCAUAUUUACAACCUUUGAAUGGGUCCUUGCACAGAUAAUCUCUUGUUUUAUUAUUUAAUUUAAUUAUUAAUAUUGUUAUUUAACCUUCAUAACAAAAAACAAAAAAAAAAAAUGUUACCAGUAUAUUGAUUUACAUGGAUUCUACAACAUAAGAAGGACUACAAUUAUAUCACAAGAGAAUGCAUGUGCAACAAA